GUCAGUCAUUAGAGUUACAAGAUGGAGCUCAGUCCACUCCCUGUGAUGCUCUUGCUGAUUUCACUUACACCAGUGCCUACUGCUCGAGGGAAUCCUAAAGCUGUGGUGUCCAUAAAGCCUGAUACACAUGUGUACAGAGGAGAGAGAGGAGUUACCCUCAGAUGUGACAUACAGGGAGGAGGAGACAUUGAGUGGACAUUCAGCUGGUACAAGAAUAAUAACAGACUCUCUACAGAUGCAGAUGAUAAAGACAGCACAAUGCAGGAGUUCAGUAUCAGGUUUGUUAUUGACUCUGACAGUGGUGACUACACCUGCAGAGGACAGAGAAGUGACUCUCAGAGCUCAGAAAUCAGUGAUGCUGUUCCACUGAUUGUAUCAGAGAGACCACGACCAGUGCUGAGUGUAUCUCGACAGAGCUGGCUGACUGAAGGAGACUUAGUGACUUUAAGCUGUGAGAUUGCAAACUCCUCUGCAAAUUGGACAUUCAAAUGGAACUUAGUUUAUCCUUACAGAGAAAUAAAAGACAGUCAGGGCUACAUCAUGACUGGAGACUCCUACACUCUCAGUCCUGCUGCUCUUAAUCACACAGGAAUUUAUAGGUGUAGAGCGGAGAGGGGAGAACUUUUUCGCACAUAUGACAGCGAUCGACAGCCACUGUGGAUCACUGGUGAAUCUCCUCCAGUCUCUUUGAUCGUCAAUCCCAGCAGAACUCAACACUUUACAAUAGACUCUGUCUCACUGAGCUGUGAGGACCAGAGUAGUUCUACUGGUUGGACAGUGAGACGAUAUACACACAGUGAGGGAGUGUCGUUUUGGGACAUAUUUACGUCUACAUCAGAUUGUUCAUGGUGGGGAUCAUUUACACGAUCUACAUGUAAAUUCAGCUCCCUGUCCAGGUCCUACACUGGAGUUUACUGGUGCAACUCUCAAUCUGGAGAAAACAGUAAUCCUGUCAACAUCACAGUGCAUGAUGGUGAUGUGAUCCUGGACAGUCCUGUCUAUCCUGUGACUGAGGGACAUCCUCUGAGUCUACGCUGUUUAUAUCGAUACCCAAAUUCCUCAAACCGCCAAGCUGAUUUCUAUAAAGAUGGAUCAGUUCUCCAGACACAGACUACAGGAGAGAUGAUCAUCCAGAAGGUCUCAAAGUCAGAUGAAGGUUUCUACCACUGUAAACACCCAGAGAAAGGAGAGUCGCCAAAAAGCUGGGUCUCAGUCAGACGUCCAUCACGUGUAGAAGCUCCAUUCUCAGUGCUCAUGCUGAUCUGUAGUGUAGUGACGGCCUCUCCAUAUCUGCUGGCGACCAUCAUUCUGCUGGUCAAAUGUUACAGAGCUCGAGCUCAAACUGAUGAAGACAGAGUUGAGAAUGCAGUCAGAGAGGAGUGAGCAAAGUUCAUAGGAUGCAUGAAAAAAGAGGAUGCAUUUACUGUAGAAAUUAUUUCAGAAUUCCUUCCUUUUGUUCAACAAUAUGGAUUUUAAAUAAGUGAUUUUUUUAUUUUAUUUAUCUUGUUGCUUGUAGCUCUGUAUAUUGUUUUUCUGACUGGAUUUAUUUAGCUAAAGCCUGAAAUCCUCCUCACGAGGUGAAAGUUUACAUGUGGCUAAUCCCUAAUAAUGCCUACAUGUUACUAAUGCAAACUCCUGAGUAAAAACUAACAGAUAAAAUAUUCUAUUCAACAAAAAAAAAAGUGAAGAAAAGAUUUGGUCCGUGGAAAGUUUUGGAGAUUUAGCUAUGCUUCUGUAAAAUAAGUAAAUAAAUAAUAAAAAUAAUAAAACCCUUUACAUAAACUAACAUCUGAAGUAUGAUAAAUAUGUAUGCUACUGGAGAGAGUUUAAUCCCAGUGUGGUGACUUGCAUAUUAAAACCACAAACCAGUUCAUGUUAUAUUAAUAACAAAUAUUUUGGUGUACAUUGUUGAGAGCAGCCUUGAAAUGUGUAUUUCAUAUAGUGGUGCUUGAAAGUUU